UUUCCAAGUAAAAACCAACGGAUUUUCCAUUUCCUUUCCUAGAAAACAGACAGACGGACGGACGGACGGAUGGACGGACGGACGGGCGACGGACGGAUGAAUGUCGUUAAGUGGACGAUUUAAAUCUAAAAUCUUAAACAACACGGAACCAUUUUGGUCUCCUUCUUCCUCCAGUCUACCGUUGAUCCAGCUCUUCUCUUUCUGCUCUUAAACCUACCCCGCUCUACUCCACCAAAGAGGCGUUCGCUAAUGUUGGCUCUCGUUUAAGUAUCAGGGGGUACCCGAAUUAUCAAAGGCCAGUUCGUACCGAUACCUUGCUCGGAGUGACUUUGGGAACAUUUUCAGUUUAUGCUGUAUUUUAAAUAGCUCUGGUUCUCCGCUUUGCACCGCAUAGUAUGGUUGAGAAACAGCUGGUUGUGGCCAUUGAAGGCACUGCGGCCAUGGGGCCCUACUGGCAGACUGUCGUUUCUGAUUACCUUGACAAGAUUAUCAGGUGUUUCUGUGGUAAUGAAUUAACGGGGCAGAAGACUUCUUCUUCCAAUGUGGAGCUCUCACUGGUUACCUUUAAUUGUCAUGGAUCAUAUUCUGGUUGCCUUGUUCAACGGAGUGGCUGGACCAAAGAUGUUGAUACUUUCUUGCUGUGGCUCACAGCUCUUCCUUUCGCUGGUGGUGGUUUGGAUGAUGCUGCCAUUGCCGAAGGGCUUGCUGAGGCUCUGAUGAUGUUUGACAUCAAUUUAAAUGGGAGCCAAGCUCAACAAAAUGUUGACUUGCAAAGACAUUGUAUCCUUAUUGCUGCAAGCAAUCCUUAUGCUUUGCCAACACCAGUCUAUCGACCAAAAUUGCAGAAUUUGGAUCAGAAUGAAAAUGUUGAAGGUCAGACAGAAAGUCGUCUAUCAGAUGCUGAGUCACUGGCUAAAUCAUUUCCAAUGUGCUCUGUGUCUUUAUCAGUCAUAUGUCCGAAACAGCUUCCAAAACUUAGAGCAAUCUACAAUUCGGGGAAGCGCAAUUCCCGAGCUGCAGAUCCACAGGUUGACAAUGUUAAGAAUCCUCAGUUUCUUGUUCUGAUAUCAGAGAACUUUAUGGAGGCACGUGCUGCUUUAAGCCGUCCGGGAUCAACCUUGGCAAAUCAGAGCCCUGUGAAAAUGGACAUAGCUUCUGCUACUUCAGUUACAGGGCAGCCCCCUGCUUCUGUUCCAUCAGUGAAUGGAUCUGUCAUGAACCGGCAACCAAUUUCUGUCGGAAAUGUUCCUUCUACCACUGUAAAAGUUGAGCCAAGUACUGUGACUUCCAUGGUAACUGGGCCUGCUUAUCCACAUAUUCCAUCUGUUGCUCGUCCUGUUUCUCAAGGAAUCCCGAAUUUGCAAACUUCUUCACCAUUGUCUACUUCUCAAGAUAUGAUCAUAAAUAAUGAUAACGUGCAAGAAGUUAAACCUAUUGUCAGUUCUAUGACACAGCCCUUAAGGCCAAUGGCUCCUGGUGCUGCAAAUGUGAGCAUACUGAAUAAUCUCUCUCAAGUACGACAAGUGAUGAACUCUGCUGCCCUUACCGGGGGAACUUCAGCAGGACUUCAAUCAAUGGGCCAAACUCCUGUUGCCAUGCAUAUGUCAAAUAUGAUAUCUAGUGGAAUGGCAUCUUCUGUGCCUGCUGCCCAAAAUGUGUUCUCUUCGGGGCAAUCAGUUAUUACUUCAAUAACGGGGUCAGGGACCAUUACUGGCACUUCACAGGUUGCACAAAACUCAGGUCUUAAUACAUUCACUUCUGCAACGCCUAGUGUUUCUGGAAAUGCAAAUCUUGGAAUUUCACAAUCAAUGGCUACUAUUCAAGGAGGUGCUAGUGUUGCCCAAGCUGUGACUGGCAUGAACCAAGGAAGUCACUCAGGAGCACAAAUGGUACAAAGUGGAAUUGGAAUGAACCAAAACACGAUGACUGGAGUUGGUCCAUCAAGUGUUUCAUCUGGGACUGGCGCAAUGAUUCCCACUUCAGGAAUGUCUCAACAAGUCCAGCCUGGCAUGCAGCCACUUGGUGUGAACAACAGUUCAGCAGUCAACAUGCCAUUGUCACAACAUGCAUCAAGUUCUUUGGCAUCCUCAUCACAGUCCAAAUAUGUCAAGGUUUGGGAGGGUAAUUUAUCUGGACAGAGACAAGGGCAGCCUGUCUUUAUCACCAGACUGGAGGGUUAUAGGAGCUCAUCAGCUUCUGACACGCUUGCAGCAAAUUGGCCACCAACCAUGCAAAUAGUUCGUCUCAUAUCUCAGGAUCAUAUGAACAACAAGCAAUAUGUUGGGAAAGCAGAUUUCCUGGUUUUUCGAGCUAUGAAUCAGCAUGGCUUUCUUGGACAGCUGCAAGAAAAGAAGCUUUGUGCAGUCAUCCAAUUACCAUCUCAGACGCUGUUGCUUUCUGUUUCUGACAAAGCCUGCCGCCUGAUAGGAAUGCUUUUCCCUGGGGAUAUGGUUGUCUUUAAACCACAAUUACCAAGUCAGCAGCAGCAACAACAGCAGCAGCAGAUGCAACAACAGCAACAGAUGCAACAACAGCAGCAUCCACAGCUGCAACAGCAGCAGCUUCCUCAGCUUCAACAACAGCAGCAACAUCCGCAGCAGCAGCAGCAGCAACCUCAGCAACAGCCACUCCCGCAGCUUCAGCAACAACAGCUUCCGCAGCUGCAACAGCAGCAGCAGCAACCUCUCUCUCAGCUCCAACAACAGCAACCAUUGCCACAGCUGCAGCAACAACAACAGCAGCUUCCCCAACUGCAGCAACAGCAGCAACUACCACGGCAGCAGCAAAUUGUUGGGUCCAGCAUGGCUCCAGUCUAUCCAACGCGUGCGCAGUUGCUUGCUCAGACUUCAUCACAAGGGCCGCCUGACAUCCCUGGGGCAGGCUUUAUGGGUUAGUGCCCUUCAGCUAUAUUCUGGCAUUAAAUAUUAGGAGCUGGUGGAAAACUAUGUGGACAAUCUGUCGUUACUCCCAUUGUGUUCUUCAAUCAGUUUCUUGAAACUGUAAUAAGGUUUUCAGAAUGAUCUUAUGGUUUUAUUCAAGUUCUGUUUUAUUAUGAAAUCUACUCAGUUCAAUAAUCCAGCGUGUAAUUGAUCGGGAAUUGUGUUUUAGCUGGCCCGUGGAGCACGCUGGGGGGUUGAAACCGGGAUGUUAGCAUUGGAUGGGAGGAUUCCAAUGUGAAUUUGGUGAAGGAAGAUAAUAUAUAUAUAAAAAGAUUGCCAGUGCCUGGCGGAAUUAUA